AUGGGUCCUUCUUCCUCGUCAGCAGGACCAGCAAGGCGCAGAAGAAAAGACCAACCUUCCAGCAAGAUAAAUAAGAGAACCCUCCUCUACAAGAAAAGCUUAACCCAUGACGAUGUCUCCUUCUGCAGGCUCCUGAUUCCACUAGAAUCCGGUAGAAAAUUUCUCCCUGAACCUAAGAAAUAUAACGGAGUGUAUGAAAAAAUAGGAAUAUCAUUUAUAGACCAUGAGGGAGACAUAUGGAGGAUGGAGGCUGCAUUCGAAGAGCUGAGCAGCUCCUACAUGCUUUGGUUGAACUGGGACAGAUAUUUGAAGAUGUUUGAAUUGGAGCCCGCCGAUGCCAUUUUCUUUUACGAUGUUCCCGAUAGUAAAAACUACUUGAUUGAAUAUGAAAAAAAGGGGCGCGACAGCAAUCCCACAGAGACAACUUGA